AUGCAUUACUUACUAGAAACCAGCUCCCAUGUUAUUUUUUACUUUCCACCAAAAUCAAAUUCAGAUAUCCCAAACUACUCCAUCCACUUCAAAGAUCAUGACACGAAUAGUAAUCUCCAUUCUCUCAAUAAGAUUCAAGACUUGAAAUUCAAUGAUAAUCUAAGUCUAUACUAUAACAACGAUCAAAAUAUAGUAGAAGUUAUCUUUAGACAAUCAAACAACUUCAAUGACCUUCACUACAAUCGCCAGAACAACAGCUUUCCUACCACCAACACCGAUAAUAAUACCUAUAAUAAUACCUAUAAUAGCAAUAAUAGCAAUAAUGAUAAUGACAAUUAUAAUGAUAAUACCACUCAAAACUUGGGUUUUAUCCCAAUGAACGAUGAUAUAAAGAUUAAUAAAUUAGCUAACUUCAUCUCAAUUUGGAAAAAUGGUUUGUCCUUUAUUGACGAAUUUCAAAGUUCCCUUAAUUACAAUUCUAAUAAUAGUACAAUUAACAAUAACAACAACAAUAAUGAUAAUAAUAACCAACUUGAAAAUAGAAAAAUUGAUCCAAAUUUACUAAAUUAUCUAAACAACAACUUCAACAAUUUCAACCAUUUUAAAAAUCUAAAAUUUAAAAUAAUUUCCUGGAAUAUCAACGGUAACUCAAACUGCUUUAAUAAUAUCAAUGAACUAAAUAACUUUAAAUCACUAUUAUCAAUUCCAAUCAACGCAAAUAACUUAAUAGACAUAUACAUCAUCAACCUCCAAGAAACAAUUCCUUUGAAUAUUAAAAAUUUUUACUCAGAUCCUAAAAUUAUAUCAAGUUGGUCUAAUUUUAUACUAUAUCUACUAAAUGAAAACAACGAUAAAGAUAAAAAUAAAUAUAAAUAUAAAUAUAAAUAUAAUAAAUACACUUACAUCUCAAGCAAUAGAUUACUAGGUUUAUCGACUAUCAUAAUAUCGAAAUUAUAUCUAAAGGACUUGAUCUCAGUUAAACUUAAAAAGUCAAUUGGAACCGGUUAUUUCAAAAUUUAUGGCAACAAAGGUGCAACUUUAAUUGACUUUAAUCUACAAUUAUCCUCCUACUCUAAUAACAUUAAUAAGUUUUUAAAAUUUGUAAUAGUCAAUUUACACUUAAACUCUGGUAACGAUAAUUUAAACUUUUCAAAAAGAAAAUCUCAAUUGUCUUUAAUCAAUACAUCUCUCAAUUUAGACUCCUAUUUUAAUCUUUUCUCUAAUAAAUCAAAAAUCAGUGACGAUGAUUUUAUAGAAUUUGAUAAAUCAAGCAACUCUUUUAGUUUCAAUAAUGAUGAUGAAAAUGACAAUACAAACACAAAAACAAAAACAAACUCUAAGAACAAUACUCACAAAGACAUAGAUAAUGAAAACAACGAUGAGUUGUUUUCAAUUGAGGACUUCGAUGACGACAAUGAAAGAUUGGAUUUCUACAGCAGUGAUGACGAUAUCAAUUUAUUAAAAUCAACAUCGACUUUAGUUUCCCAUGAUGAUAUAUUCAACCAAAAACCCAAUGAAAACUGUAAACAAAAUCAUCUUCCAUCUUCAGCAAUAACGAAUUCAAAGACUUUAAAUUUUAAUGAUACCUUAUAUUCAAACAAUCAUAGUGUAGAAGAAAAUAUUGGUAAAAUCAAAUCUCUUCGAGCUCCUGCAAAUAUUAGCGAUCUUGAUGAUACCGCUGAAACUCAGAACAAUAAACUAAAUUCAGAAACUCAGAACAAUAAACUAAAUUCAAUUACUCGAGAUAAUAACGAUAAUCAUAAUAAUAAUAAUAAUGACAAUAACGAUGAAAUCAAAAAAUGCUAUUUAUUUGUUUGUGGAGAUUUCAAUUUUAGAUCAGAUACAAACUCUACUGAAUUAAUUAAAGACUUGAUUUCUAAAAAUUUAGUCCCGAAAAUUUUGAAAUUCGAUUCAUUAAAUUCAAAUAAAAACAACUUGAAAAUAUUAUCAAAUUGCAAUGAAUCAAGAAUAAAUUUUAAACCUUCAUACAAAUUCAAAUAUACAAAUUUGAAUCAAAAUGACUCUCUUAUCGACAAUGACUUCCGAAAUAAUACUGAUAAUUUCCAAACCAUCGACAAUUUUAACGACACUGACGAUGAUAACUACGAUAAUGAUUAUGAUUAUGAAAGAAUCCCAUCUUAUACUGAUCGAAUCUUUUACAGAGAAAUUUUUAAACCGUUUAACCAUAAUUUAAAUGGUUUUAAUAACAUUAAUAACAAUUUGGAAAUAGUUGAUUACAAUAUGUCUGAUAUGUUCAAAUGCAGUGACCAUAAACCUAUAUAUUUGGAUUUUAAAAUUAAUGAUGCCCAGUUAUGCGACUUUGAUCAAAGACAGGAUUUAAUUGAAAAAUAUUAUGAGAAUCUCAAUAUUGAAGAAACGAAAAACAAAAAAGCUAAAGACAGCCAACUCAAAGUCUCUUUAUUAAAUAAUAAAAUUAAUAAUGCUAAAAUAUUGAAUAUCGAACCUGUCACUUUAAGUUUUAACUUGGAAUACUUCGAAGACAAGGAAUUAAAUUUGGUUGAUACUAAUGAAAGUGAGGAAAUAGAAUGGGAAAUAUUAUUCAAUAAUAACGGUUCAACUUUUGUUAAAAUAGAAUACAAUAAUGGAGAAGAAUCUUUUAAAAAAAACUAUUUCAAUAAUUUCGAAAGUAAAAGGGAAAUGGAGGAUUACUUCAAGAGUUUCAUUACGGUUAAUGAUGGCAAGUUAAAAGGCAAGCUAUACAAAAAUUUUUUUAAAAAUUUUAAAGUCAAUGUUCGAAGCUUUAUACCUAGUGGAAUUUUAAGUAUUAAAAUUUUAAUUAUUUUAAGAAUAUCAAAAGUUAAAGACUUUUAUGUGAAUUUCGAAAUUAAUUGCGCUGAUUCAUAUUUUGGUAAAAACUUGGAUUUAUUUAAUAAAGACCUGAAUAAUAAAUUGAUCCCUAAUAAUCUAUUAGAGAUAAUAAAUUAUUUGAUAACAAAACUUAAUAGUAAAAACAUUCGAAAUAAGAACUUGCUCGUCAUAAAUGGCAGUUUUAAGAACAUAUCCAUUCCUAACUUUACUAAAUUUGAGAAUUUCAUAAUAGAAAAAAUUGAAAAGGAUGAAUUAAACUACAUUGAAAACAUAAAUCAAAUUCAGGAGAUGAAUGAAAACUAUAAUGAAUUUGGCUUUAAAUUGGUUUUCAAAAUAUUUUUGUUACUAUUGCGGAAUCUAGAAAAUGGAUUAAUUCCUCAAGAGCUAAUUCUAGUGAUAUUCAAACAAUCGUUUAAGGAAAUUGAAAAUUUAAAGGCUGUUCGAGGAGUCAGUAAUAUCAGUUUACUAGAAAAGAAAAACAUCAUAACAACUAGAAUAGUUGAGAUUGUUCCUGGUAUUAGAUCGAAUACGUUUGUUUAUUUAAUUUCGUUUUUGAGAUUGUAUUUAGAUUAUAUAAUUAAUGACUGUUUCAACGGUAAUGCCAUCAGAAUCAGAAACAGCUGUCAAGAAGUGGUUGAAGUAUUUGAGCUGAUAUUAUUUAAAAUAGAUAGCGAUAUGUUAACUGAUUCAUUAUCUAGGCAAAGAAAGAAAGCGGUCAGAAUUUUAUUUGAGUUGGAAUAA